GGAGAUUUGAGAUUUCCUCUGAAAGUGAAAAGAAUCGGAAGAUUUCGGAUUUUGGGUAUUUUUCUUUUUCUCGCGAUCCUAGUCUGAAAAGAAAAAUGCAAGACACUGACACUGACAUGGAAUUGACUCCGUGUUAUUGCGAUUAGAACCCUGUUAACAGGGGUAUAUAAAGCGGAGAGCACCAUGCGGCACGGCCUUGUUUUUGCUUUGCUUCGAAGAUUAGAGUUCUGAAAAGAGAAGCGGAACAGAGUCUAGGCUUCUGCUUGGGGAUCAUUUCUUCCUGCGCUUCUUCAGUAAAAACUGGUAUGGCGAGGAACGGCGUGGCCUCGUGGCGGAGGAGGUCGUCGGACCAGUUCGACGACCCGUCGCCGUGCGGGUCCGAGGAUGUCCACGUCCUCGCCGUCGACGACAGCCUCGUCGACCGGAAGGUCAUCGAGCACUUGCUUAAGAUCUCUUCCUGCAAAGUUACGGCAGUGGAUAGUGGAAUCAGAGCCCUUCAAUUUCUUGGCCUGGACGAGGAGAAAGCAGCUGGCGAUUUUAACGGGUUGAAGGUGGAUUUGAUAAUAACAGACUAUUGUAUGCCUGGAAUGACUGGUUACGAGCUCCUCAAGAAAAUCAAGGAAUCCUCUGCUCUGAGGGAAAUUCCGGUGGUGAUCAUGUCGUCCGAGAACGUCUUGGCACGAAUCGACAGGUGUUUGGAGGAAGGUGCGGAGGACUUCAUCGUGAAGCCGGUGAAGCUGUCGGACGUGAAGCGGUUGAGGGAUUUCAUGACGAGAGACGUCGGAGAUAGAGUGAGGAGCGACGGGGAGGGCACCACCCACAAGAGGAAGCUGCAAGAGAGCUCCGACGUGUCCUCAUCCUCGCCGUCCGUCUCUUCCGCAUCGUCGUCCUCCUCCUCCUCACUGCCUACAACGCCGUCUCGGUCGCCGUCGCCGUCGCCGUCGGUUUCUUUGUCCGAGCCGUCAUCGCCGUCGCCAUCUACGGGGUCCUCGGGACCGUGUUCGCCGUCAUCGCUGGAAUCUCCCACGAGACGGCUCAAAAUGACCAGCUGCUGUGACUAGCCUCGUCCCAAGUUUUAACUUUUUUUCUCUGUUUUCAAUUUUUUUUCUUGGUUUGGGCUGGAAUUGGCAGCUCAAGUUUACAGUUAUAUCUGUUGCGUCUUAUCUGUCCACUCGAUCUGUUUCGUUUUUCGGGGUCUCGACCGCCCUAGUCUCUAUAAUUUUUUUAGAAAUAUGAACCGAUCGUGGAUGCAUGGAUAUCGAUCGCUUUUCUCCUCUUCUUGCUAAUGACGACGCAUAAUGUAUGGAUCCGCUAAUGGUGGGAUGGUCAAGAUCUCCUACUAGAAUAAAAUUAGUCGAGUCUAUUUCCCA